AUGCCUAACGACCCCUUGGUCAAAGUCAUCACUAGUAUCGACCUUAAUGAUGUCGAUAUUGUCGGGUACCUCCUCGUAGAGCUCAACCUCUUGAUUGACAUCACCUCCUCCUCAUCAACUCUAAUCGCUUCUACGAUAUCAUCCCCCAAAAUAUCUCGUCUCAAACUCCUCCACGAGCUCGACGCUAAUAACAAUCGCUUCGUCGGCCCAUUCCCAAACAUUGCCCUUCACCUUCUAUCGAUUAAGUACCUCAACCUUUGGUUCAAUGACUUCGAGGGAGUGCAGUCGUUGAUACUCUUCGAUAAGGAGCUCGACGUCAUAUUCUUGAAUGAUGACCAUUUUAGCUCUCAGGUGUCUGACAACUUCGGCAAUUCCAAAACUUUUGUCGUCAUCAUCGCUAACAACAAGAUCCAUGGUUGUCUUUCAAGCAGCAUCGGUAAGAUGGCUGCCACCCUCAAUGAGCUCAUUCUGACGAACAAGUUUUCGAGAUUUAAUCAAAAUUUUCUUCUCCCAAUAGGUUGUUCAAAAGGAUAG